AUGGCCUCCAGAUUGUGUCUGACUUUCAUCUGGAAAAUCCAGCUGCCUAACGAUGCUUUUGAGACUACGCCUAAGGCCGUUAAGGACUUGGCACUGCUGAGCGACACAGGCGUGGUGGAGGAUGCCUGCGAUUUCCCUUUUAUUGAGGCUCAACUCGCUAAGUUCCAAGUCGUGUUUCUACUCCUGGGCAAGCCAUGA